AUGGAUGGGGGGUUUGGGGGUGGUAUGAGGGGAGGGGGGGUGGGGGGAUGUGAGAUUGUGAGUGGUGUCCGCUACGUGAACGAGGAGCGAAGCUUCAACUUUCCUUUGCUGGAACAUGAAAUGCAGCUGGAGGACAUAUCAGCGGCUGGGGCAGUGGUUGGAGAAUGCUCUUUGAUCGACUCAGCUGGACACAGACCGCCCGCCUUCACACAACUACAGAUAGGAGCAUGA